AUGUCCCGCCGCAAGAUCUCGUCGGAGUCCUUCAGCUCCCUGGGCUCGGACUGCCCGGAGACGAGCCCCGAGGAGGAGGGCGAGUGUCCCCUGUCCCGCCUCUGCUGGAACGGCAGCCGCAGCCCCCCUGGCCCCGCCGACACCCCCUUCGCCACCGCCGCCGCCGCGGCCACCGCCGGGGCGCGCCGCGCUCCGCGCCGCCGGCGGGUCAACCUGGACUCGCUGGGCGAGAGCAUCCGCCGCCUGACGGCCCCCGCGCCUCAGACUAUUCGGCAAACUCUUCAAAAGACACUGCAGUAUUUUGAGCAUCAAGUUAUUGGCUACAGAGAUGCAGAGAAGAAUUUUCACAAUAUAUCAAACAGAUGCUCCUAUACAGACUGCUCUGGCAAUGAAGAAACUGAGGAUGUCUCAGGAAUUCUCCAGUGUACGGCUAAUGUACUUGGUCUGAAGUUUGAGGAAAUGCAAGAAAAGUUUGGGGAGGAGUUCUUCAAUAUCUGCUUUGAUGAGAAUGAAAGAGUUCUUCGAGCUGUAGGUGGGACCCUUCAAGACUUCUUCAAUGGCUUUGAUGCUUUGCUGGAGCAUAUUAGAACUUCAUUUGGAAGACAGGCCACCCUGGAAUCCCCUUCUUUCCUAUGCAAAGAACUCCCUGAAGGCAAUCUCAUGCUUCAUUACUUUCACCCACAUCAGAUUGUGGGAUUUGCAAUGACAGGAAUGAUAAAAGCAGCAGCAAAGAAGAUUUACCACUUGGAAGUGGAAGUAGAACAGGUCACAAAUGAUAAGUUGUGUUCAGAGGGGACAAACCCAGGUAACUGCAGUUGUCUGACUUUCCUUAUCAAAGAACAUGAAAAUGCAAACAUCACAAAAGCACUUCCUCCAGGAACUUCCCAGUCCCCCUUAGACCUGAGGAUUAGCAUCAGCACCUUCUGCAGAGCUUUCCCCUUUCACCUGAUGUUUGAUCCAAACAUGCUGGUUCUCCAGCUUGGAGAAGGUCUUAGGAAGCAGCUCAGAUGUGACACUCAUAAAACCCUGAAAUUCCAAGACUGCUUCGACAUAGUUUCUCCUAAAAUCAGUGCCACAUUUGAACGAGUUCUCCUGAGAUUAUCUACUCCCUUUGUCAUUCGGACCAAACUUGAAGAUUCCGACUCUGAAAGUAAAGAUAAGGUGAUGGAAAUUAAAGGACAAAUGAUUCACGUGCCAGAAUCAAAUUCUAUUUUGUUUCUGGGUUCCCCAUGUGUGGACAAGCUGGAUGAACUGAUGGGCCGAGGCCUCCAUCUUUCGGACAUACCUAUCCAUGACGCUACUCGUGAUGUCAUAUUGGUUGGGGAACAAGCAAAGGCACAGGAUGGCUUGAAGAAACGAAUGGAUAAGCUGAAGGCAACGCUAGAAUGUACACACCAAGCCCUGGAAGAGGAGAAAAAGAAGACAGUAGAUCUCCUUAUUUCUAUUUUCCCUGAAGAAGUGGCUCAGCAGUUGUGGCAGGGGCAGCAGGUUCAGGCCAGGAAGUUUGAUGAUGUCACCAUGCUGUUCUCGGACAUUGUUGGCUUCACUGCCAUCUGCGCGCAGUGCACACCCAUGCAGGUCAUCAGCAUGCUGAACGAGCUCUACACGCGGUUUGACCAUCAGUGCGGAUUCCUGGACAUCUACAAGGUGGAAACAAUAGGUGAUGCAUACUGUGUUGCAGCAGGGCUCCAUAAGAAAAGCCUUAGUCAUGCUAAAGCUAUUGCCCUGAUGGCAUUGAAGAUGAUGGAGCUUUCAGAAGAGGUUCUCACUCCAGAUGGAAGCCCUAUUAAGAUGAGGAUAGGCAUUCACUCAGGUUCAGUGCUGGCCGGCGUCGUUGGGGUAAGAAUGCCACGCUAUUGUCUAUUUGGGAACAAUGUCACCCUUGCAAGCAAGUUCGAGUCAGGAAGUCACCCACGCCGCAUCAAUGUCAGUCCCACCACGUACCAGCUUUUGAAAAAGGAAGAAAAUUUUAUUUUUAUCCCUCGUUCCCGUGAAGAGCUUCCAGAAAACUUUCCAAAGGAAAUUCCUGGGAUCUGUUACUUUCUUGAGGUCAGAAGUGGUCAGAAGCCGCCAAAACCCUCCAUCACAUCUGCCAGAGUGAGAAAGGUUUCUUACAACAUUGGCACCAUGUUCCUCCGGGAGACUAGCCUAUGAGGCCUGCUGCAGAUCAAAGACUCGUCAAAAAAGCACAAGCCCAGAACUGGGUCAUGACAGGGGAGUUGGAAGUUCUUUGUAUGUCCCUGCCUUGUUCUGAACAGGCAGUAAAAGCUCCAAGUAAUGUCAGGCAAUAAUCAUUUUAAAAGGUGGGUGACUGCUGUCAGUAAAUAAAGUGGAAAUAGGAAAAAAAAUAUUAAGCAAUUUAUUUCGACUUCCAGAGGAAUUUCUUUCGUAAACUUCAGUCUGGCCCCUCUAUGGCAAACAAAACGAAACAACACCCCAACUCUCAGAUCAGAGGUUGGUUUUGUUUUGUGCAGAAAGGAUGGUGGUUCUCUGUAGAUUUGCACCAGCUAAGCAGAAUUGAGAGUCAGUUCUGAUUAUGCAUUCCUACAUUUAAUGUGUUCUUCAGUAAGGUAAUGAUGUUUUAUAACUUUAUGAACAAGCAUUUCAUACAUAUACUGUAGAGCUGUUGUAACCUUCCUGGCAGGAGGAAUUAUAAUUUAAUACAAAUAUUGUAGGAAUUUUACCUAUUUUUAUACAUAUUUCACUUUCUGGAUAAGUGCAUUCCACAUACUGUAAGCUGAGUGAGCUUAGAUAGCUUUUCAGAAGAAGUUGCUGUAUAUUUCAUACAUUUUACCUAUCAAAUGUAUUAUUAUACUAGUAGGAAGAAGGCAUUUCUUGACUUUUUUUGGCAACAAAAAUACCAAUAUUUUACAGGAAAAAGACCCCCCUUUGAUAAAUCUCUUUACCUGAUGUUUAUGCUAAAGCUUUAGAUGAGCAUUGUCUUCUUAUAUAAAAUAAUGUUCAGUAUUUGUCCUACAGUGCUGUAUGUCUAGUCUUUCCAGAACAAUGCAAAGUGCAGAAGAUCAAUGUGCAGACAAAUAGAUAAGUUCUCUUCAGUGGGGCUUGUUUGCCUUCCAAAUUAUCAGGCAAACUGAAUUUUGGUAGAAGCCCUGAACUUUUUUUAAAAAAAUUUGGUCUUGUGAAAACUUAUUCUGAGGAAUUCCAGCAGAUACUGGAAGCUCUCUGGAUACCAGUGUUCCAUAUUUUUUUAUUUGGACUUGCGCUCCUAGUCCAGAUUGAUUAUUCAAAAUCCAAUCUGUUAAUAAUGAUUGUUCAUAUGGAAAUUUCCUCUGUUGCUGGAUUGGCUUGAAGGUCUCCUGCUUUAUCUAAUGAAGAUCAAAAAACCACCAAAAAGAGGAAGGCAGUACUUUCCCUGGUUAUUGGAAAUGGCUGUUCAAGAUUUAGAUUAGUCUAGGUCAAUUGAAAAAAAAAAAAAAAAUUCCAGUUCUUUGCUGUUGUAAAUUAAUACACUAUUAUUGUAUUCAAUUAAUCCAGUGGAAGCAAGAUGUGUAUCUGUCCCCUAAUAGGCACAUUUUCAGCAUUGCUUAUUUCUCAGGUUUUCCUUUUCAAAAUAAUGGCAGACAGUUUUCCUCUGUUGGUGUACUGCCUUUGGGGUUGUACUGACGUGGGCUGAUGUUGUUCUGCACUUGCAUAUUGUUAGUUAAAACUUGUGCAGUGAUUAGAAGUGGCUUUGCUUUACAUGAGCGUUAAUCAAAGCUCACUGUCAUCAAAGGUAAGACUCAACAACACUAGGAGGCAUGAGAAACUUUGCGUUUAUCUAAUCCAGACCAGAAGUGAGUUUGCUUAUGGAUUUAGCAGCCAUAAUGUGAGACACAUUAUGAAAACGAGUAAAUAACUUUCACCAUACGUCCAGAUCAUCCAGUUAGAGCUGUCUUGAAGGUGUACAGACUUCAGCAUAUCAAGGACAUCUGAACUUAUGCAGGAGUGGGGUUUUUUAUUGCCUGAGGAGGCUAGGUGCGUGGGAAUUAGCCCAAAAAUUUCCUUGAAUUGAAAUUCAUUCACUUUCUAGAGCAACACUGAUGUUGGAACAUUAAUAUUAGACCAUCCUUGGGAUUGGAGGAGUUAAUCUUUUAUCUCCCUUGAUAAACAGCAUCUGCAGUUCUAUGGCCAGUCUGAAAAAUGACUUAUAAAAACUGUUCAAGCUUGAGGUUGCAGAAUUUCCACCCAAACUACAGAUCUGAGAAUUUUCUGCCCAGGAUGACAAGUUUUAGCCUAUUAGUUUGCACAGACACAGGAUGUAGCAUGCAUUUUUUCCCUGGGAACACCAGUGAGACAUGCAAGAAUCAUAAAUGGAUCAAAGUUCAUGUUUCACCACUGAAAGAAGAACACCACUUCCCAGCUAAUAAAUCUGUGGUUUUGAUGUUUAUAUCUAGUUCCCUAGGGUGAAGAUUUUUUAAAUAGCCAUCAUUAGAUUGAGAUUUCUUUCUGACUUCACUGCCACAUCCUUAUUGUUCAGUAGGUGCUGAUAUCAGAGUGCCAAUCUCUCUGGCCAAGAUCUUUUUCUUUUCUUGCCAACCAUAGUCCUGGAUGAUGAGAACAAACAUAAAGGUUCAGACCAAAAGCUUGUGGCUCAACUUGUCUCAGGCAGUUGCCAGUAGGAAAUGCCUUAGGUUAAUUCUGUAGCUGAUCUUGUUUGAUGGAAACAUUUUCAUAGGAAAUGGUGGAUAAAUGCUAAUUCUACUAGCAAAUUGGAGAAGCCAUCUAAAACAGUUGUGUCACCAUCCUCAUCCUCUCAGAGACUCUUUAUUGUAUUAGGAAAUUUAUAAUCACAGAGAUAUAUGGUGUCAGCAUCACCAUGGAGACAAUGAUUGUGUUUGCAAAUAAAUCACCUAACUCCCCAAAUUAGAGCAGACUUACUGUAUAUGAAUAUAGAGUCUCUGCUUUUUAUAAGCUUGUGUAAAGGUAGCAUACCUAGAACUUCAGCACUGAUGCUGAGUAUUAUGUUAUUGCUUCUGUGUUAUGACAAGGGAAGUUAAUAAAAAAUUUGGGCUAUCUAGGGACAUUUUUCUAUAUAACUGUGAGAAAAGUGUAAAACAAAUUCUCAGCACUUUUUAACUUUGUAGUUGCAUCAGCUGCCUUUAAUUUCAGGUUGCAAGUUUUUUUUGUUGGACAACUUUGUGAAGUUAAAUGAAAUUUAUUAUCAAGAGUGAUGCUGUGAUGCCAAAUAGGUGGCAGUCAGACUCAACAAAACUUACUUUUAGUGAUAGGGAAAAUGUUCUUAUUGGCCUGGCAUUGUCUUCAUAAAUAAAAAAGUUCUCAGAAUGUUGUACCUUGGGAUGAUGAUUAGGAGAGGUUAGAGGAGCUAAAAUGGAUGCAGAAAUCAUAAACUGUAUUUGAAAUUUUCUUUCAGUACUUUCCUUCCUAUAAAACAGAUGAUCUUUUGCUCCUCUGAGUAAGAAUGCACGUGCUUGUGUUUCUUCACAUAGCUGCAAGUAGCCACAUCUGCUGUCUUGAGUUUCUGUGUGGGACAAAUCCACCCCUCUGAAGAGAGAGGGAGGAGAUCUACUACAUAGUGCCUGAACAAGGCAAAGGAAAGCUGACUGGGCUUAUCGAUCUCUUGGCUGCAAACCUGUUCUGUACAUCUUCCCCCUGCUCCAGUCUCAGAGUGAUGAGAGACCAUGAACUGAUCACAGAGGCAGAUCCAGUGGUCUUUUUUUUUUUUGUACAAAAAUCAUGAGACCCAAGUAAACAGACUCAACAGUCAUUCUCACAGAGCACUUUUUACAGAUCUUGUGUCAGAUUUUUCUGUCUGAUUGAAGCUCCCCAUCACAGAGGCUUUUCUGUGAUGCAGUGCAUAGAGGUCAGGAACUCAGAGCAAGAAGGAAAUAGUGAUGGAAGUGGUAGAGUGGUGUAUAACUUUUGUUCUGCAUCACUCUGGUGAUAUUUGCCAUUCAAAGACAAAAGCCCCUGCAUGGGAGAAUUGCUACUAAACCAGGACUCUCCAAGUGUGGUUUUCUUGCAGGAUCCCAAAGGAUAUUUCUUUUUUUUAAUUCCAGAGAGCCAAUAGUCAUUAACUGUGAUUGUGGUUUUGGCUUCACUGCUCAUUCCCACAUCCAGUUUCAGAUCUGAGUCUGUUUAGAAAGGCAUUUUGAAGCCUGGAAGCAUGCCUUUGCAAACAGAAAACCAAAGCUUUUAAAACCUGGGAAAUCUUGUAUGGGAAUUGCCUGUUCUGAAGAAAUCCUUGUGAUUGAGUCAUUAACAGGUCCUACUGCAGUUCUUGUAUACAUAUACCAUUUCACAAUGCUAUCUCUUCUUGUGCUUAUGGUGCUCCCUACCAAGCCUAACAGCAGGAUCAGGUGUAUUUAACAGCCCUCUUUAUUUUUUUCCUAUAUAAACCAAGCAGUGCAAAAUCAUGACAUGUUGUAUGUAUUUAGAAGCAUCAGCACUGCACUGUGGCUUAAACUGAUAACCAAUUUCACAUUGUAUAUUUCUUUUUCUGAAGAGAUCCUUCUCCCCAGCCAUUUAAAAAUGAAGGGAAAAAAUACCAACAAAACUGCUGUGUUGAAUUGGAAACGAAUCUGAAACCACCAUCAGUUGUUUGGGCAAGUUUAACUGCUGGACAGCUUUCAGAUUCUUCAGCUGCCACGAGCUGUCACACUAGCAUGUUCUUGCAGACCAUCCUGCCAAGAAAUCUGUAACCUAACAGCAGCAUUGCAAACUUAGGACAUUUUCUGGGUUUUCCUCUUCGGGUCUCAGGCCACUGCUUCACCUCUGCUGAGUUCUCAGAGCUCACUGAGAAGAGCUAAUUCCCUGUCCUAAUGCAGUCUCAGAGCUUCUGGCUUCAUUUUUGUGUUCUGGGGAUCUUUUGCAAAAUUUUACAUUUAUAGCAUUGGAAAUAGCAAUAUGCUUAAAUUAGCAACAAAACAAGAAGCUUAAAAAAGCUUGUCAAACUCAGAAGAAGAUGGUUCCCUUCCCUCAAGGUAAUAUAUUAUUCAUAGCACUGUACUAGGAUUGAGGGUGCCAGUGACAGUAGAGGCUGUGGAUAAAUUGAAGAUGCUGAGUGUGCAGGAGACUCAACAGGCAGGAGUUAAUUGGCUUCUCCUACUGUUCAUAAUUCCAUCAUCUUGCAUGCUAUGUCCUACUCUUGAUCAGGCCUCUGCUAUUCAAAAGACCUCCACCUUCCUUCCCUUAAUACACUGUAUGUGAUAUAGAUAGUAAAUAAUUUCUAUUAUUGUUCUUAUUAGCAUAUAUUUUUGACAUAGCUGCUUAUAUCUAAAGAAUAACUGGGGUUAAGGGGCUGAUCUUUCUCUUCCUUUCAGCAAAGACAAAACUGUUUAAAUGACACGGCAGGCACUCACAUCCCUGGAGAGGGAGAAGACUGCAGUGCAAAUUGCCACUGGUGGAUUUGGCUGAAAUCAGUGUAUUAACAGUCCAUGGCAUGUUUUUAGCAUGUUUUAUCUGUGCAGAUAGGAGUUACUCCUUAACAACAUUACUAAUUUGCAAUGCAUGAGCAGGCUUACAACAAAAAUCUGUAAACUAUUUAACCUUAUAAUCAUGAUUGAUCUUUCAUGGCUUGGCUGUUAAUCACGCAUGAAA